AAAGCACUAUUUGCGACAGAAAUAGCCGAGGAAGAAAGAGACAGGGUUUGGUGAACAUUUACGUAGAGAAAAGUUGUUCUGGGAUGGCACUUCAGUUGGGCUAUCGUUUAUAAGCCAAAUAGUAGGAAUUCCCCUCUGCAAACAGUCGCAUCUUAUAACGUUGUGUUUUGAAUAGGCAACAUACAGUAUUGGUGGUGUAUAUCUGUUGGUAAUAAGGUUCCAAUCGUGUGUGUAAAUUUCUAUUAUUGUUAACCUAAGCCAACACUAGGAGAUUAUUAAUCGCGUAAAUAUAGUGUUUAUUGAGCGACGGUACGCGACGGUUUGUUCUUUUUAAAUUUAUACUUUUUUUCUGAGACACUCUUUGCUUGCAAAUCACAAACUACAUCUCAGUGUGAACUCAAAAGAUUUGUACAAGAGAAAAGAAAGAUCUUUUGGAGCAUACAAGAAUCCUUGCAAAGUGAAUAGACAAAUAUUAAGGAAAAAGUUGUGCAUACUAGUGACCUAGACUAGACUAUUAUUUUGAAUUUGAGGAUCUGUGUAACAGACUUGUGAAUAAAAAGGAAAUUAUUAUUUUCAAAUAUAUAACUACUAAAAGUGAAGAGUGUAACGUCUAAGAGGCAUGUUGGGGAAUAGGCCCUACUGUGUGUCUUGUCUAUGUGUUUGAUGGUGUCUUAAGGCCGCACCUACCCCUGGAAGAGGUGGAGGUAGCAAACCUGUUGCCCCAGUAAACCAUUCAGUACACAUAUCCUAAAGGAUACCAUCCCCGUGCAAACACAUCAAAUCAUCUCCCAGAGUCAAGAGAAUUUAUUCAACUGGGUGGUAAAUUGUACGUGGAGCAACAAGAACAAAUAUUGUCCACGGAGGGAAGGUGGUAACCCCAACGGAAGACAACAGCAUCAAUGGUUGUUGUAUAUUUGUGUUCGGAUAAUUAAAUGACUUGUGCAUUUAAAAUUGUGUCUCAUCCCACCUGAGGAUUAACAAGCACACCGAGGUGGCAUAAAUAAUUUGCGAGUUUGUGGAACAUCAUUGACCACCAAGUUGACCAAUUUAUUGGCAGUGCUAUUCAAACGGCUAAAUAGCUGAUUUAAAAAAAAAUGGUGUGGAUUGAAGUGAACUAGCUAGGAUUAAAAGAAAUUUAUGUGCUUUAUGAACAGUCCGCAGACUGUGUAAAUACGUGCUUGUGUAAAAGCCCAGCGGGAAAAUAUGCAAAAGCUCUAUCCAGAAACGACCAAUUCAUCGAGUAUGGCAGGCGGCAAUAUGAGUCCCAUGGGUGCACCAACAUACUCCAUGAACACGAUGGGUAUGACGGUGGGUGGGAUGACGUCGGUGUCGCCACAAAGUGGUAGCUUUGGGUCAGCAGUACUCGGUUCAUCCGGCAUGUCAAGCAUGGGGGCGGCUAUGAAUACCAUGGGUGGUAACUGCAUGACACCCUCAGCAAUGGGGUAUAGCUCAAUGGGAUCCCCGCUGGGCAAUAUGGGAUCAUGCAUGAGCUCAGGCAUGGGUACAAUGGCAGCCAGUAUGGGUGGCUACACUUCCGUCGGAACAAUGGGUACAAGUCGAGAAUUGGGUGAUGCAGCGUCACCCAACUCGGCGGUGUUGCAACGGUCGCGUGUUGAAAAACCAAGUUCCUACCGUAGAAGCUAUACGCACGCUAAGCCACCAUAUAGCUACAUUAGCCUUAUCACAAUGGCCAUACAAAAUAAUCCCCACAAAAUGCUGACUCUUUCCGAGAUCUACCAAUUCAUCAUGGAUCUCUUUCCAUUUUACCGCCAAAAUCAGCAACGUUGGCAAAACUCAAUUAGGCAUUCGCUGAGUUUCAAUGAUUGCUUCGUAAAAGUUCCCCGUACCCCCGAUAAACCGGGUAAGGGGUCAUUUUGGACGCUGCACCCAGAUUCGGGAAAUAUGUUCGAGAAUGGGUGCUACCUCAGACGACAGAAGAGGUUCAAAGAUGAAAAGAAAGAGCAACUAAGGCAACUGCAUAAGAGCCCCUCAUCAAGCAUAGAAGCCACGAGUCCAGGAAAGAAAGAUGUCAUCCAGCAUGAUGACCACCAUCGUGACCACAAAACCGACCCACAUAUGACGGCUAUGCUAACCUCAGCCCACGGCAAAGAUGCCGAAACGCUGGCUCUUUUGCAUGCGGGCGCCGAGCUGGGUCUUGCACAGCACCCCCAUAGUCAACACCCGCCACCCCAUCAGCAACUCCAACAAGAAGAAUUAUCCGCCAUGGUGAAUCGCUGCCACCCAUCGCUACUCAGUGACUACCACUCCAUGCAUCAUCUGAAGCAGGAGCCUGCUGGCUACACACCGUCGAGUCAUCCAUUCUCCAUAACACGACUCCUGCCCACCGAAUCGAAGGCCGACAUCAAAAUGUACGACAUGAGCCAGUACACUGGCUACAACACCCUCAGCCCACUUCCGAACUCACAUGCUGCCUUGGGACAGGAAUCCUACUACCAGAGUCUAGGAUACCACGCACCAGCGGGCACAACGAGCUUGUGACAUCAGUACCCACUGGCCUAAGCUGUGAUCUUAUUAGAACCAACUACUAAAAUUUAUAUCGAAUAGCCUACGGGUGCAAAUUAUCGGUUCACCGGUGCCCUGCAGCCCGGCACUCCCCAUUGCCCAAGAAGAGACGUCUUGGGCUGUUUUUUUUGAAGAUGAGAAAAGCAUUGCUGUGGAGGCUGAUCUCCACUGUCCACUCCAGUGUAACCCUGAAUACCCGCAGAGAUGAAGAGUGUCACACCACGCAGUGAAGAGAAAAACAAUGUACUCCCACUCACAGAUUUUUUUCUUGGUUGGUAUCUUCUUCAACAACCAACAUUGCUUUGUACAGACAAUUAGGCGUUAAGACAAGGUAACUUUCGAAAUAACCUAACUCACAUUGGCACUCCCCAGAAGGGGCAAAUUUUUAUUAUGUAUAAUUACUAUAUACCUAUUUCCUUCGGUCAUCUCAUGCUAUUUGUUUGAUGGAAAACUUUAAAGGGAAAAUGUCUCAUUAAAUAUUCUUUCCCAUAUAAUAAGCAACAACACUACCAACAUUCUUGCUAAUUAAUUAAUUAAUAAAACUUAAUAUUUGUUGAUAUUUUUUUUAAUUGAGAUUUCUAUUGCGAUUUUAAUUUAUGUGGCAAUUUAAUUAGCUUUAAGAAAUUCUUUAAAAUAAAAUAAAUUGAUAAAAUUUAACAGAAAAAAUCGCACUAAAAAUCAGAGUUAAGAUAUUAUGUGUAGUACAAAAUUACCUGCUAUUUUUAUAAAAAUAUUUUCUCAACAAAAAUGUCUUAUUUUAACAUCUUAUCUGUCGUACCAGUUAUGUAUUUCAUUUGUAAGAAUAAACUAAUUGAAACAUUCUUUUUAGAACUCUUUAAUAAAGAUCACUUCAAAGCAUAAUAUCAUAACUUUGUAAUGAAUCAGAUGAAUAAAGUCUUUUAAAGAAAAAUUCCAAAAUAAUUUAGUUCUCUAAAUGCUGGUUGUGUUGUUUGAUAUCUUCAUUAAGUUCAACUUGCAGAAAAUGCAUAAUAAUGGAGUCACAUAAACCGAGUAAUUCUCAAUGGUUUUUCUUACCCGUUUGCUCAUGAGAUGCUCUAACUCAGACGAUUAUUGACAGAGAAAAUAUAAUUAAACAAACAAAUAUAGGGAGUUGCAGUGGUUCAGAAGUUUAAUGGCUGUAAUUGAAGACUUUCCACAUAUAACCAAAAGUUCGGUUUUGGUCAUUUCACUCGCGACUGCAAGAAAAAAGAACACAAAAGAGAUGUAAAAAAAAUUUAGCAGAACAUCGUGAAUAUUUAAUUAGUGAGAUACAAAAUGUGUUUACACGUGAAGAAUGCGACACAUUGAGUGUAGUGCUAUUAAAAUACGCGCCUUGUGAUGUUAAGAGACCGCAUCAUUCGUUCAUGUUUUGUGUCUCCUCUCAGAUUCAUUGGAAUUAUAAUUUCUUUGACAAAAAUAACUGUUUGAUGAGUUUCCUAUACAAUGUUCUGGAGAAAAUAUAUUUAUUUUUGAAUUUUCUUUAAAGGGAAAUUUUUUUAUAAAUAAAUUGAAUCUGAAUUAUGCAUUGCAGCAUAAAAAAAUGAAUCAUUCAAAAAACUAACUUUCUUUUUCACAGAAAAAAACUUAAAAAUCAAACAUUAAUCGUAAAGUGAAAAUUCAGCACUUAAUUCAUAAUUUUAACGUGGAAAUUUUGUGGGAAACUAUUUUCUGUGAAUAAGCAUUUUUCCAGAUUUUCUUACUCUAACUCUCAUUGGAUAUUAUGUAGGUGUCUCGCAGUUUCGUUGUUCCGAAUUUUUGCCCUUUUAUGAGUCAUUACUGAUUACCCGGUUAUUCAUGCCUUAUGCUUACCUCUAUCUUUAUCUUUUAACGCACUUCUGACAUAACAAUUUGUAAAUCAUAACAUAUGAAAUAAUUCAAGAAAAAAGAAACAAUGAAAAUUAUCAAAAACUGCGAGUUUUCAGGAGUUUCAAUAACUUUUUUAUCCAUCAAACAAUUCAGUAUGCAUCCUCAUAGCCUUGAGCCUUAUUUUUCUUGAGAAAUAAAAAGAAAUGCCUCCCAGAAUUUUGUGAUGAUUAAGAAACAGAAAUUUCGGCAAAAAAUCUCAUUUUCUCUUUAGAUUUAAGAUUUAUUUACAAAAUUCUACAAUUUCUCAUUGCGAUUUAAUGUAGCGCUAGAAAAAAACAGCAGUAAAGCGCAAUUUUUUAGUGCUCUGCUAUCACUAUCAAUAAGUCAAGUAUUUUAGUCAUAUCUUUAAUUGCAAUCUAAACAAAAGGGGGUUUUAUAAGUUCUUUUAUUUUCUAGCAUAAUGUGGGUCAGUACUGAGUGUCUGUCAUUUUCCACCCAGCGCAAAGAAUCUUUUUUAUUGAUCCAUUUUCUCUUUAUUCUCCUAUUCUUGCGUCUUUUUAAAUUAUUUAUCAACUUAUAGCUGCUAUAGUGCAAUAAAUGUUUCAGAAAAUAAAACUUGAAAGAGAGAGAAAACCACCAAGAAAAAAAAGGGGGAUUCUAAUCAAGGAGAAAUAUCUCGAAAUGACCUUCUUCUCGCUGAAAGUCGCGCAAUAUGAUGGAAGGAAUAUAUAAAUAAAAAUUAUAUAUUAUAUAUUAGGUUUUCAAAGAGACGAAAAAGUGCAUUUAACCUGAUGAAACUGAAUGAAGGAAAAUUUUAAUAUUGAAAAGAAAAAUCAUAACUGAGAGAAUACUAUGAAAAAAACUUUUUUUUUUAGUUUGUAAGAAGACGAAUGAAAGACGAUUUUGUGUUAUAAGGAAUACAAAUGUACAUUUUGAUUGCGUAUAGGAUUGAAAGUAAAAUGAGACGAAAUAAUAAAGCAUUAUUGAUUAUAAAGGAAAGUGAGAAAAAAAUUGUAGGUUUAACUUGUAAUUAGUAAACUAAAAUAGAGUAACAAAAAAGCCGUGAGGAAGAAAAAAAGAAAAAAUAUAUAAAAAUUACAUUCAAAUUAUACCUAAUUAACUAUGAGUAAACAAAAUGAAACAUCUACCAGUGUAAGAAAUAAUGUAAAGAAGAAUCACAUUUCAGAAUGAUAAGUGAAACUAAUGUAAUAAUGUAUAAAUAUGGGAAAUUAUAUCUAAAAUAGAUAUUAGAUAUUAUAAUUAAAUUGCAAGUGAAAGAAAGAAAACAAUUUGCCCGAUUGAUUUCUCAAUGAAUUAAAAUGAUUUCAAGAAGAAAAAAAA